CAGGACCUCGUUUCUCCCUUUACCCUGACAUAUUCGAAUUUUUCCUUGAUAAGCUAGAGCUUGAAAGAUAUCCAGAAUUUUUAAAAAGAGAUUUAGAGAAGAAUGGUCAUUAUGGAUCUUUAAACAGCAUGAAGAAUAUGCGUAGCUUUGAUAAAUUUCAGAGAUUGUUUGAUUGUUUAAGCCCAAGUGACCUUUCACAAGAUAGUUAUCAUGCCCGCUUGUGUUCUCUAAAAAUACAAGAGUAUUNACCUCGUUUCUCCCUUUACCCUGACAUAUUCGAAUUUUUCCUUGAUAAGCUAGAGCUUGAAAGAUAUCCAGAAUUUUUAAAAAGAGAUUUAGAGAAGAAUGGUCAUUAUGGAUCUUUAAAUCAAAUGAAUGACAUGCUUAAUUUUGAUAAAUUUCAGAGAUUGUUUGAUUGUUUAAGCCCAAGUGACCUUUCACAAAGUAGUUAUUAUGUCCGCUUGAAAUCCAUAGAAAUACAAAACUACUCAGGAAAUUAUGUAGAUGCAGCUAAAAAGCUUUUUAUACACAUAUGGACGAAAGAGGGGUUUGAUAGUCAUCGUGCUUAUGUGAUAGAGGAAGAGGUAAUGGAGUCAUCUUCCUACCACCUUUAUAGAACACUAUUACUGCCUUGGGUGGAGAAGG